UUGGAGAUGGAGGGGUCUCCUGCAAUGGGUUCGGUCUUGGUCAGGUCUCACUGGGUUUUGUGCUGGGAUGAUGGCUUCCUCUUCAUUCCCACCUGGUACGGUUUGGUGGAGCCAGUGGUGGCGUUGGGAUUUGGGAUUUUGCUCGGUGGUGGCGGCCUCUUCCUCAUCUCCCAGCAGUAUGGACCCACCAGUGGUGUUGGGGUUUGGAUUUUGCCCAGCGAUGAUGGUUUCAUCUUCAUCCCCACCCAGAACGGCUUGGUGGACCCGGUGAUGAUGUUGGGAUCUGGGGCUUUGCUCAGUGGCUUCCUCUUCAUCCCCCUCAGUCCCGCAGAGCCGGAGGACCCCACUCUGACAACCCAAGACCCCCCGCAUCCCCUCAACAUCCCCCAAGGUGACCCCACCGCCGGGACACCCACGCACACCGAGACCCACCACCACCCCAGAGCGAUACCAAAGGAUCCCACCACCUUCCCCCCACCCCAAAGACCACCCAGACCAACGGGGGACGCCGGGAACGCCGAGAAACCGUGGGUGAAACCAGCAGCACACAACAAGGAGCGUCCCUACCCAUGCGGGGAAUGUGGGAAGGCCUUCGGCCGCCUGACCCACUUGAAGACCCACCAACGGACCCACACCGGGGUGAAGCCCUACGCCUGCGGAGCGUGCGGCAAAAGCUUCGGCCACCUCUCCACCCUCACCACCCACCAGAGGCUGCACACCGGCGAGCGGCCCUACGCCUGCGGGGCGUGUGGGAAGACCUUCACCAACCCAUCAGACCUCAACAAGCAUCAGAGGUCGCACACGGGCGAGCGGCCCUACCCCUGCGCUCGGUGUGGGAAGAGCUUCAGCCAGCAGUCCAACCUCACCAUGCACCAACGCAGCCACACCGAGGAGCGGCCGUACCCUUGCGGGACUUGUGGGAAGAGCUUCAAGUACCUGGCUGACCUGACGGUGCACGAGCGCUCGCACACGGGAGAGAGGCCCUUCCCCUGUGCUCAGUGCGGGAAGAGCUUCAGCAAUAAGUCCUCGCUCGCCCGGCACACGCGGAUCCACGCGCGGGCGGCCGCCAGGGACAAGUGAUAGGGUCGGGUGGUGAUGGGAUGGGGGGCUGGGGGAGGUGAAGAGAGGAUGAUCCACCUGGAAUCGCCAUUGGGGUUGCGGCAUAGCUAGGGGUGAAGAUGAGCUGAUGGUUGGCGGCUUCCAAGAGCCUCCAAGGAUGGUUGGCGGCCUCCAAGUAGCCCAGGAAGCCUCCAAGUAGCCCAGGAAGCCCCUGAAGUUGCCCAGUACUGGGGAAGGGAUCCAAUUCUGUGUGUUUGAGAACUUGACAGCCCUGGGACACAACUCCUUGGUCCCAGAGGAGAUGGAACAAGGGCGAGGGUGAAGAGGAGCUGAUGGUUGGUGGCUUCCAAGAGCCUCCAAGGAUGGUUGGCGGCUUCCAAAGUAGCCCAGGAGGCCCCUGAAGUUGCCCAGUACUGGGGAAGGGAUCCAAUUCUAUGUGUUUGAGAACUUGACAGCCCCGGGACACAACUCCUUGGUCCCAGAGGAGACGGAACAAGGGUGAGGAUGAAGAUGAGCUGAUGGUUGGCAGCUUCUAAGAGCCUCCAAGGAUGGUUGGCGGCCUCCAAGUAGCCCAGGAGGCCCCUGAAGUUGCCCAGCACUGGGGAAGGGAUCCAAUUCCGUGUGUUUGAGAACUUGACAGCCCCAGGACACAACCUGGUCCCAGAGGAGAUGGAACAAGGGCGAGGGUGAAGAGGAGCUGAUGGUUGGCAGCUUCUAAGAGCCUCCAAGGAUGGUUGGCGGCCUCCAAGUAG